CGUUUUAGUUAGUUUAUAACCAGUGCAGUAAACCUUUGAUAUGAUAGGUGUGCUCCGCCUUUAUAUUUCUGCAGCGACCAAGUUUCUCCAGUAGUGUAAAACUCGUGAUUGAAGUACAUCCACAGAUAAACAUGACUAUCUGGGUACUAUUUGCAAUUGGGAUUUUACUCGCCUUUUUAUUCCGCCAUCCCUACUUCUUCCAGGAUGCCUGGUACACGUUGGCUGCAUUAAAAACAAGAAACCGUGUCUUCAAGUACAUGCAGACUAACUACUCCCUCCUGGACCGGUUUGAGGACCUGGUGAGAGCGCAGCCACACAAGCCCUUCGUCCUCUUUAAAGAGCAGACCUUUACCUACCAGGACGCGGAGGAGCUCAGUAACAAAGCUGCCCGGGUCCUGCUGCAGAGCGGACGCGUUAAAGCAGGAGACACGGUGGCCCUGUUCCUCAGAAACGAGCCGGUGUUCCUGUGGCUGUGGCUCGGCCUGAGUAAGAUCGGAUGUUCUGCUGCUUUUCUCAACUACAACAUCAGAUCCAAGUCCCUGCUGCACUGCUUCAACUGCAGCGGAGCCAAGGCCCUGGUAGCAGCUGAGGAGCUACAGGAUGCUGUGGAGGACAUCCUGCGAGAUCUGUUGGACCAGCAGGUCACAGUGUUCAUCCUGGCUGACAGAUGCAAAACUGCAGAUAUGGAGAGCUUCACAGACAAAAUGAGACAGGCCUCCUCUGAGCCUCUAUCCAAAGAUGUAAGGUUGAAUUCAAGUCCAAUGCUCUACAUCUACACAUCAGGGACAACAGGUCUCCCUAAAGCAGCAGUGAUCACUCAGGCCAAACAGUGGUCCAUGUCUUGCUAUCCGUACUUAGCAGGAAUGAACUCUGACGAUGUGCCUUAUCUCAGCCUCCCUCUCUAUCACUCCUCUGGCUUCUUACUAUUCGGUGCAGCUAUUGAGAGAGGUACCACAAUUGCUUUGAGUAGUAAAUUUUCCACAUCUCAGUUCUGGGAAGACUGCAGAAAAUAUAACGUCACUGUCAUACAGUACAUAGGAGAAACUAUGCAUUAUCUCUGCAACACACCAAAGAAACUCAACGAUCAAACGCACAAAGUGAGGCUUGCAAUAGGCAGCGGGAUCAGAGCCAAUGUGUGGAGGGAAUUCAUCAGCAGGUUUGGAAACAUUAAAAUCAUGGAGUUUUAUGGAGCAACUGAAGGGAAUUUUGCUUUGAUGAAUUACAGCGGCAAGAUCGGAGCUGUUGGCCGAGACACCUUCCUCAGAAAGUGGUUUUUUCCGUAUGCUGUUAUCAAAUUUGACGUAGAUGAAGGAAUGCCAGUGAGGGAUUCUUCUGGUUUGUGCAUAGAGGCUGCCAAAGGAGAACCUGGACUUCUGGUAUCUAAAAUAUCCAAUAGGGCUCCGUUCCUUGGUUACUUGAGAGACCUGCAGCAAACUGAGAAGAAGAGGCUGCACGACGUCCUAAAGAAAGGAGACUUGUACUUCAACACUGGUGACCUGCUGAGCAUUGAUGAAGAUCAUUUCUUCCACUUCCAGGAUCGAGUUGGAGACACUUUCAGAUGGAAAGGAGAGAACGUGGCUACAAAUGAGGUGGCUGACAUCAUCACGCUGUCUGACUGCAUUAAAGAAGCCAACGUGUAUGGAGUCAAAGUGCCAGGUCAGGAGGGGAGAGCUGGAAUGGCUGCCGUUAUUUUAAGUGAAGGACGGAGAUUUGACUCUGCAGGUGUUUUUAAACACGUUGAAAACUUCCUGCCUUCCUACGCAAGGCCACGCUUUAUGAGGAUUCAGAGCUCCAUGGUCGUCACAGGCACCUUCAAGCAUUUGAAGGGGAAGCUGGUGGAGGAGGGUUUCAACCCAAAUCUAAUAACUGACCCGCUUUACUUCCUGGAUGAAAAAGACAAGAAUUAUGUCCCCCUUACGGUGGACAUAUUCAACUCAAUAACAUCAGGAAAGGUCAAAAUUUAAAGUGGAUCACGUUGCCUCUCUGUUAAAGGAAAAAUCCACCUGCCUGCUCGGUAACACAUCAGCCACCUGUGAUGUUCAGAGCAGUUGGGGUUGUUUUGUCUUGAAGUUUUGUGAUUUAAUUAUCUCUAAUUAUUUUUACUCAUCCUUCUGCAGUCAUUUCAUGCAUUUCCCUAAAUUACUUUAGUUCUCGUCCAAUUAACAUGUUUAGGCGUGUUGCACUGAGAUGUGGUUUCAGUCAGAGGAUUAAAGCUAGUUUUUCCAGUUCAGAAAACAGAGGGAUUAGCUCCUUAUUCAAACGGUGACAUGCAUUGCUUUACUGAAACUAUUGAGCUAGAAUCUCUGUUACUUAACAACCACUUUGUUCUUGUUGUUCUUCUUGUUUUGUUCCUUCCUCUUUUUAGGGCGGAGUGCUCAGAGUAAAUAAUCUUCUAUGAAUUUAACUCUUUAUUUGUGCUCAUAGUUUCAAACAAAACUUGAUUUUUCCAAUCACAAGCAAAAAUGCAUCAUGUUUAUAUUUAAACAGAAGGAAAAGUAAUGCAGUAGCUUGUUGUUUAGGUCCUCCAGUGUCACUUAUAGUUGAAUACAUUGUCAGAGCUCUUCCACUGUGCGUGCCGACACACUAACGUGACUCCUCUAAUUGUUAACAGUAUAAGUAACACCUGUUUUUCUUCUUAAGUUAUGCAAGUUACAUUUUAAGAAGACUUAAGUAUUUUGCUUAAAAUAAUCACACAUGACUGGUUUGUCAGGACUUUGACAGUAAUGUGUUUUAUUAAUUUAAUUGUAUGUAUUUUGAAUAAAUCAUCUGGGUUUUUUUAAGCACAGCAAAGUGUUUCUGAUCAAUAUGACCUACAAGCUCCCGGGACAGAAUCUCUCCUUUCACCCUCUGGUUGGGUGCAGGGUGACCCAGGCUUGAGCUGACCUGGGAUCAGCAGCAUGGAUGACACCUCCACAGGUAAUGACACACAUGGGGAAUGAGGCUGGGCAGUUCAGGCUUAAGGAGAAACAGGUCACUGCUGUUAGCAAGAUCAUCAACAAGACUGUAAAUCUCACUCAAAUAUUAUUGUUGACAAUGUGCAACCUAAUGGUAGAUGAACCAUCCACUGUUAUCAUGUUUUUUAAACUUUACACUAAAGGUUCUCUAUAGGAUAUUCAGAGCAUUAUUAUAGCAUCAAACAACUUUGUACUGUUCAUAAUGUCCAAGUUGAAGUAAAUACUGAAGGUCUUUAAACUGCUUAAGUUAAAUGUCUGGAUGUAUUAGGACUACGCCAGUCUUGCUACUGUUCAUUUUCUGAAAGCUUUUAUUUAUUUUUGUUUAUGUUCAAAAGGGUAUAAGUGGUAUUAACAUAAUUCACUUUAAAAAAAAUUGGGAACUUUUGGAAAAAUGUCUCCGCUGAACUCCCCUGUACUCUCCAGCUAGUUGAGUUUUAAAUUAAUCGAGACAAGUCUCAAAUCCUUGAGGGCAAGUGAUCAAUAAAUUGUCAAGUCUUUCAGAUCUUUGAAUGCCGGCCAUUGAGGUGGCAUUUUGAUUUUAAAUCUAUG